AUGGCGGUGUACUGCAAUGAAGUCCGCAAGCUUGAGGACAAGUUUGAUGGUCUGGACCUCAACCACGUUGCAAGACGCUUCAAUGAGACAGCUGACGAGCUGGCAAAGGCAGCGUCCGGCCGAAAGCCAGUCCCCAACGGUGUCUUUAUCAGCGACCAGUACAAGCCCUCGAUCCGCUACAAGGAGCUGGAAGAGGCCGGCAACGUGCCACCUGUCCCGGACUCGGGAGCCGACCCGCGAGAGGUUGGCAACAUGCCACUUGUCCUGGACUCAGAGGUCAAUCCCUCUGACCCCAAGGUCAUGGAAAUCGAGGCAAAUCCAGCAGAAGGGCCCGACCUCUCGCCUGACUGGAGAGCCCCGUACCUCAAUUACCUCCUCCACGAGUUGCUCCCGGCGGACAAGACAAAGGUGCGAAGAAUUGCCUGCCGCGCCAAAUCUUUCGUCAUCAUCGACUAG